AUGUCACAACAACCUUCUUUCUAUUCCAGCCCUUUUUUACUAUCUGAUGAUCAAAUCAGAGAAUUAGGAGUUGCCGAUCAUCAAAUUGAACAAUACAGAAGAAAGCAUUAUCAAAAUUGUUUCGGAAUUGAAUCAUGGUGUACUGCAGAGCUGGAACCUUUUACCUUCAAAACUAGAAGUGUUGAUUUAUCCUAUCAAGAAGCCUUGGCUUUAAUAUCCUUGUUUAAAGUGAAUGCAAAAACCUAUGAAAAAACAACAAGUUUAACUAGUGAAGAAGUUGUUUUAUUGGAAAAUGUUGAAAAAAGAAUUGAUGAAUGUUUGGCAGCUCAUACAGAGUUUAAUGAUGGAGCUUUUGUUAAAUUGAAUACAAGAAGUCCAAAAGAUGUACCAUGGAAGUGUCAUAAUGAUGAAAGUUAUCAAAAUCAAUUAAAUAAGGAAGUGGAAAGAGUUUCUGACAGGACACCAAAUAAUAUUUGUGUUGCUUUCCUUAAAGCAAUGAACAAGUCGAUGAAAAUUAAUAGUGGAAAAUCUGCAAUGGAAUUAUUGGGAAGAUCACAGAGAAUUUAUGAGGAUUUGCAAAAGAACACUGGAUUUGGUGAGAAAUUGUACGAAAGUAAGAUAAUUUUAAGAGAGUGGAACGAAGAAAUGAUUGAAUUGCCUCAAUUUGAAUUUAGAUGUUUCGUACACGAAAAGAAAUUGAACGCCAUUUCUCAAUACUUUUGUGAUUUCAAGUUUGAUGAUUUAAUUGCUCAAAAAGAAGAAAUUUUAAAGAAAAUUAAUGAGUUCUUCAAUGGGUUUUGCAUUGAGAGAAUUCCCCAUCCUUCAUUCGUCGUUGAUUUCUUUGUUUCACCAACUAAGGGUGUAACAAUUAUUGAAAUUAAUCCAUUUCACAAUGGAGCUGGCCCUCCAAAUGCUGAUUAUGAUUUUUUCAUUAUCGUCUCUAAUGAACUCUACGAAGAAAUGGAUGAAUAUUAUAGAGUUGAAAGAGAUGAUUGUUUGUCUACUCAAUGGUAUCAAUCUGGAAGGAAGGAAUUAAUUGAAACAAAAGUUGAAUCACUUUUUGAUGGAUUUAUUGAAGGAUAUCAAUGUUUAUAUAUUUCAGUAGAAGGAACUGAUAUAGAAUUGAACAUUAAUUUGUACAAGUAUUCAGUUUUCCAAAACAAGUUGAAUGAUAAUUGGUUGCAAUCUUUAAUGUGCAUCUUUUUACCUGAACAAUUUGUGUGGAGAUGCGAUUUUCCAAAUCUUCAUACUGACACCAAGAUUUAUUUCAGAAAAUUGAUUUUAUCUGUUGUCGGCGAAGCUGGUAAACAUUUUCAAAUGGCGAGAAGAAAGUGGGGUCGAUUAGAAAAUGAAAAUGAGAUUCCAAAUUAUCAGGAACGGAAAUAUAUUGCCCAUACCUUUAGAGAUUUAAUUUUUGGUAUUCAGAUAGCAUCUAAUUUGAAAAUUGUAGAUUAUGGAGCUGCUAACAACACUUACUAUUUAAUAAUGCAAUCUUUUCAUAAGGAAUCAUCUUGGAAAUUUUUUGAAAAGGAAUAUUAUCCAAAAUAUCAAGAAUUGAAAGAUGUUUUCAAUGAAAUUACAAAGAAAGAUAAUCUAGUAACUGAAGAGGAAACUAAAUUAUACAAAUCCAGUAUUCUGGCCUAUGCCAAUAAUAUUUCAAAUUCCAAGACUUUAUUGGAAAAUUUAAGAUUAUUUUUCUCUAUUGAAAAUACCCUUUGGAAUACUACAGAAGAAAAUGAAUAUAUUUAUUUGAGAGCUGUUGAUGAAUCACCAACUUACUCUUCACUUGUUCAAGAAGUAUUUUAUGGUUUAGUUUUGUACAGAAAAAAUUUAGAUUCCCCAUAUGAAAUACUUUGCAAGCCACCUCUCAGAAUUUUACCCUACAGUCAUGCCCAAUCCUACAAGAAUAUGAAUUGGAAAAAAGCAAAAUGUUGUGAAAUUUAUGAUAAUAGCAUUAUUGCUAGUGUAUAUUAUGAUAUUGUAAAUAGAGAAAUGAAAGUAUGCUCUCAAACUACAUCUAAUGGAUCUGAAAUUAUCUUCAAUAGAUCAAUCGAAGAGCUUGUUAUUGGAUUUAUUACAGAGAAGAAUAUUAAUCUUGACAAAUCUGGAAGCUUAACAUUUGAAAUAUCAAAGGAUGAGAAUAUGGAGUUUUUACUUUUAACAUCGUUUAAUGUGGAAAAGUCUAAACUUUCUCAUUUAGAUAUAUUUAUUGAGAGAACCAGAUACAGUCCUGUAUUUUCCAAGUAUAGUCCAUUGAUAUUCUCAAAUAUUAGUGAAGUGAAAGCCUACGUUAAUACAUGUAAUCCUUUCAAAGUGAAAGAGUGUUUAGUUUACGAUGGAAAUGGUUUUGUUCGAGUUCCUUCUCCUCAAUAUUCCUCCAUUUUAUAUCUGAAGGAGAAUGAGAAACAAUCCAACGAUCAAGAAAGUAAUAUUUUUGAAUUAGUCAAGACAUGCCACAACGAUCAUGAAUGCAUGGAAAGAAUCAAACAAACAUUUGAAAACUCAGUCCACUCAACUGGCCUUUUGACUAUUUUAGAAAAAUACGAAAUAUUGUGCAAGUUUUUUAUGGAUACUUUUGCUGAAAUGGCACAUGAUAAUGGUAAUUUGAUUGAUUUGAAAGAUUUCAAUGAAAGACUUUCCAAAUUUUCAUGGCAUAUCAGAUUCGAAACUGAUAGUAUUUCAGCCAUUUCACCAUUCCUGACCAAUUUACUAAACUCUCAAUUCAAACAAGCAAACACCAACAUGCCAAGACCACACAAUGGAACAGCUACCACACUAACAUUACUGGAAAGAUUAUCAACCUCUCCAGGAAAAUUAAUCAUCAAAUCCUAUUUGGCAUUCAAAAAUAACGUGAACUAA